GAGCAAGAGCAAAAGGCAGGCCAAGAGCAGUUGGUGUGGAACAUCGUCUUCGGUCGUGUGUGCGCUUUUGUAACAAUAAUCGUCCGUUUCGACGUCCCGUCGUCGUCUUUUUUUGGCCAGAGGAUCAGAGAUUGUGUGUGUCACGGAAUAGUGGUCCGUUCCGGCCCGUUGGAACGAUCCCGCGGAACACGGUACGGCGGUGCGGUCGCGGCUCGCACUUCCGGCACUUGGGCAGUGUGCGGCUUCCGGUACGGGCGCGGAAAAGGGCCCGCGGAUUCGUGGCACGGAAAUCGCCGCGGCGAACCCCGGGGAAAAUUGUGUGUCUAAAAUGGACGCAACGUCGUAGUUGGAGCGAGCAGUGCAGCCGAGUUCCUUUCUUCGGCCCGAGUGUAUGUGUGUGCGUCCGUGUGUUUGUGUAGUGGUUCGUAGAAAAGAGAAGCGACGAAGGAGAGCGAGAGUGAGAAAGCCUGAUAAAGGAAAGAGAGCUGCCCCCGUAAACGAGGUGUCAAAGUUGGUGUGCGCGCGCUCUGAAUGAGUGCGAGUGAGCCAGAGCAUCAACGUGAAUGAGUGUGCGGUGUGUGGGAAUGUGAAACAAAACCUCUCGGUAGAAGGCAAAAAGGAGUGAACGAAAAAGGGAACAACAAGAAGUGAACCGAUUAAGAAGAAGGGAGUGAGGGAAGAAAGAGGGAGCAGGAAGAAGAAGCGAAAAGUCAGAGUGUGGAAAUAUAGCGAAUAAAAAAAAAGAGUGUACAAAGAGAAGAAAACGAAAGAAGCAAUGGCUAUAAAUUUGAUAGAUAAGAAAUCUUCCUAUUUUGUGUGAUUUUCAAACAAAAGUUUCGUUCAACUUGUUACGUCGCGCGGGGGAACCGGAAUUUGAUCCCGCGGAUAACGAGGGCGCCGGGGGCUGCCGGAAUUGAGCAAAGUUUGGCGUGCAAGUCUGUGGUGGACGGCGGCGGCAGCAGCAGCCGGAUCAUCGUCCAGGAUUAAGUUCCAGCUAGUGAAAACGAGAUUAUUAUGGAAAAGGCGAAAGCCUACAUCAAGAACGAAUUACGUGGGGGCUCCCUGGCGUCGCAUCCGGAGCCCCCGCCAGCCAAUCAGCAACAACAGCAACUCCAUAAGCACCAUCAGCAACAACAACAAUCCCAGCAACAACCGCCAGCUGCCAGUUCCGAUGACCCUUCCAAUAUCUGCUACGUGUGCGGGGCACGCGGUGCCCGGGACCAGUUCUACCUCCGCGUGCGGCCAAACCCGGAACGGCCCAGCGAUCCGUAUUUUCCGCUGCUCGAAACGCACCAACCUCCGGCCGGCGUGCCCCAGUGGACACCGGCCCAGGUAGGGGUGCGCUCGUGCAAUCUCUGCUUCACGACCUUCGCCAGCCAGUGGGACUACCACGAGCGCGAAGGCAAACCCAUCUCGCAGAGAUUGUACUGGCUCAAGCGAACCGACGGCAAAAGCUACAUCGGCGCGGAAAUGUCCACCCAGGGCGAGUACGCCACGCAAGUGCUUGGCCUUAACCCGGAACACGUGCCACCCGGCAAUGACCGUCGCUCGCUCACACCUCAGUCGCAACAUAUGAGUUCUUAUGGUAGAAUCGAAAGUCCCAACAGCUUGGCACGGCCACGAUCGCAAGAUCAUCCCGCGACGGGGGCACCCCCGCAACAUUAUCAAGUAGCUAGAAACGAUAGUCCAAUCCGGUCCAGUUCGCGGAACGAAUCUCCGCAGGGUAAAACCGAACCGUACCAUCCGACAAAACGGUACAUCGAAAACCACAUCAACAGCACCAGCCAGCCCGGCUCGCGGCCCUCCAGUCGGAACGAAAAAAGCGUCACCCCACGGCCAAUGUCCCGCGAGAACCCCUCGCCGGUGGCCGCCCCUCCCGCCACCACCGCAACCCCAAACACCACCGCUUCCGCAACGGCCUCCCCCGUCCUGGCGAGUCGCUUCGACGGCAUGAAAAUGUCCUCGUUCGCUCACCACAAGCUCAAAAUUGGCACGUACGCCAGCACGCUAGCUGCGGCAACGAACCCAACCCCGUCUUCCGGUGCAACGGGUGGUGCGAACCCGGCCGCCGACACCAAGUCCUCCUCGUCGACGUCGUCCUCGUCGCAUCGGCUGGAGGAGGCGGAGGGCGCGCUGGACCUGCGGAAUUCGUCGCUCGGGCCCGUCGGACCUGGCACCGGCACCGACAUCCUGGACCUCUCGAUGCCGGACAAAAACUCAAUGACCGAGGUGUGCUACGUGUGCGGGGACGAGCAGCGGCGCGGCAGCCUGGUGGAGAUUAGUACGGUGAAGCCGAAGGACAGCAAGGACCAGGAGAAGGCGUUCUUUCCGAUCUUUGACGAAACGCACGCGAGGCCCGCCCGUUCUCGACCAAAAGAUCCCAAAGGGAUGGUGCAAGCAUGCAAAGCAUGUUACCAGUACCUUAUCAACCAGUGGCAGACGUUUAACGUUCGAUACGUACCGGAGAGUCAACGCAAGUACCAGAUAAGGAAGCGCCAGCCGACGCAGGAGCGGGCGGCCACGUUCGUGUGCUACACGUGCGGCUUCGACACCCCGUCGUCGCAGCUGCGGCUCGUCUACUGCUGUCCAAACGCCGAACGGGAGCCGUACUUUCCCUUCAUCAAAACGAUGAAAGCACCGGCCAAUGCUAGUCCGAUAAGUCCACAAGGUAUGGUGCAAAUAUGUUCAACGUGCAAUAAGAAGAAUCAUCAUCUGUCGGAGGGUGGCACCGUAAGCAAUGUUGAAGAAAGGUAUCCGUCUCCUACGAAAAUGACGCCAAGUGUGAUAAACGAGGUUGUUCGAUUUAAGCCUUAUGAAUCUGCCUCUGCUCCUUCCGGACCGCUGCGGGACCAGAAGGACUUCCGAAGAGAUUCAAGACCAAAUACACCGCCUCACUCUCAAGGACCAGUUGAAAACGGUCAUGUUUUUUCAUGUUACAUUUGUAAGAAUAACUUCCCCGCCCAAUCGAUGGAGUGGCUGUCGACCAGUGCCGAGCACAUGAAUUCGCAUGCAAUGCAUUUCCCCUGCCUGAAAGGCAGCAACGACCAGGGCCCGGGCCGGGUGCUGGCGUGCAAGGUCUGCGUCAACAACCUGACCGUCCAGUGGGAGACGAUGGACGCGGACCGGGUGCCGCUCGAGCACCGCAAGUACAUCAUUCCGUCGCCGACGCCGAACGCGGUCUCGCCGAGCGGGGGCGGUGGCGGGGGUGGUGGUGUUGGGGGUGUCCCCGGGCAGCACCGGGCGCCGAUCGCACUGGCCACGCCCCCGACCACGCCGGCCGGCUCGAGCGUGGCCAGCACGUCGGUGUACUGCUUCGUCUGUGGCCUACACUCGGAACUGAGCUUCGCUAGAUUGUUAUACGCCAAUAAAGAGGGUUCUCGACCGUAUUUUCCCUUCCUGUCCAAACACAAGUCACCUCCCAACGCGGAACAGCUGCGCGAAGACAGCUCGGCGUUGGUCUGUACAUUUUGUUAUCACUCGCUGUUGAAUCAAUGGCGGAAAUACGACGCUCAAAACACGGUGCCCCCGGGCAGCCGGGAGUACAACUUCCACGACUACUGCUGCCACCUGUGCGGGAUCACGACCUACCGGAAGCGGGUGCGGGCGUUGCCCAUCCGGGAGUAUCCCUUCGUGGCGAACCGGAAAAGUGACGGACUGCUGCUGGAGAACGGCGACUACGCAGUGGUCUGUCUGGAUUGCUACGAAGGGUUGAGGCAACAAUCGGCCGAGUACGAUCGGUGGGGAGUGGCGAUCGAGAAGCGGGAGUACAACUGGGUCGCGCAGCCGCCGCCGCCGGAGGACAGUCCGGAAGUGUCAGUCGCCCGCCUGCCGAGCGGGGAACGGACCGAUAAAGUUAGUAAAAAUUCUCAAGUAGGCCUACGUCCAAUACCAAAUAAGAAGAACUGUUCUCCAAAGCAAGUCAGUAGCGAUAAGCAGCGCGAUUCACUUCCCACAAAGCUGGCCCAGAAACGUCCCGCGACCAGUCCGGCCCCGCCCGUCCCGUCGCCCCAGCUUCCCCCGAUGCACCACCAUCCGUCUUCCGUGUCGCCAAUCUCGAACCACCUGAACCAUCUGCCGCCGUCGUCCGGUGUCGCAUGUUCGACCAUCCCGCACAAUACUCCCGUGGGCGUGGUCCAGCCCUCGCCGAAUUCGGCCGCACAGAAUGCUUCCUCGGCGGCCAACAGUGGCGGCGGCAACAGUCGGGGCUCAUUUGCGGCCGCGCUGAGGAAUUUGGCCAAGCAGGCCGACGUUAAGGAUGAUGAACCUGGUGGUGGGGGAGGAGGCGGCGGUGGUGGUGGAGGAGGAGGUCCCGAUCGGUCCGGUUCCGACCGGCAGGUAGAUCGUCGCUCGCAGAUGGAAGACUCCCGGGGCAACGCCAUGUCGGAGAGUCGGGCGAGGAGUGCUGCCGAAGCGGUGCAGCAGCGCGUCAACAACGAGUCGAAGAAGCGCUCGUCGCCGCAACCGCCGGAGAAGAUUCAACGGCUCAAUCCGGGCUCGGCGGCGAGCGGAUCGAGCUCGUCGGGUGUGCUCAAUCCGGAGAUGUUGGCACGGAGUGGCUUCCAGCCGUACAGGCCCGACGAACGGCUGACGCAUCCGGCCGGACCGUUUCCGAUGGACGCGUACGGUGCCGCGUUCGGGUCGAUUCCCGGAAUGCCGCCAGGCAACCUCUUCAAUCCGGCCGCGCUGGCCUACCACGAUCCGGCCAUCUACCUGGAUCCGCGCUUCCAGAUGCUCCGGGCAGCGAAUCACCACGCGGCCGCCCACCCGCUCUACUCGUCGCUUCCGUAUCCGCCAAAUCUGUACGCGGGGAUGAUUCCCGGCAUGGGCAUGCAGGCGCAGAGCAUCCACGAGCACCUGAAGAUGCAGGAGGAGGAACGGCGGGCCCGGAUGCGGGAAGAGGAACGGGCCCGGGAGGCACGGGAAGCGAUGGAACGGGAGAAGGAGAUGCGGGAACAGAGGGAGAAGGAACAGCGGGAAAAGGAACAGCGCGAAAAGGAACAGCGGGAGAAGGAACAGAGGGAAAAGGAACAGCGGGAGAGGGAGAUGCGGGAGAAGGAGGAACGGGAACGGAGGGAACGGGAGAGAGAGCAGAGGGAGCGAGAGAGGGAGAGGAUGAUGGCGGCGAGUGCUCAGCAUAUGAUGCAUCACUCGCUUUCGAGGCCGUUCUUCCCGAUGGGAUUGGCGGCGGGUUUGCCGUCACCGUUGGGUUUGCAGAUGCGUGCGCAAGGACCGCUUGGAAUGCAGGGUCUGCCGUCGCCCCACCACGGGUUGCAUCCCUCGUUGAGUUUGGGAAUGGGGUUAGGAUUACCACAAGUGCCACAGCAGUCCCACGCGCCACCUCCGACGAGUCUUGGGGGUCAUCCGGCGGGGAUUCCAACGAGUUUGGCCGCGGCGUACAGCCACAGUCUGCCACCGUCCUCGUCGAUGAGUUCGGGCUAUCACAUGAGCAGCUUGAACUUGUCUCACCCGCAGAACCUCAGCCUCGCUGGCCACAUUCCGCCUCCGGCGCACGGUUCGCUGAAUUUGUCCGCCGCGUCGACGGUCAUUUCUUCGGCUUCCCAGCAGCAACAGCAGCAGCACCACAAUUCGGCCCCGCUCUCCCUCUCGACCAAAUCUCAUCCGAGCGUGGUCAGCAGCGCAAGUUCCGGUCUUCCGCCGCACCACUCGCACUCCCAUCCGUAUUACUCGUCCUCGGGCGGCAGUCCGCUCUCGUUGAGCAGCAAGGUCGGCAGUCGGACCGCGACCCCGCCAAUGACCGCACAAUCACCGUCAGUUCCUCACCAUCCGUCGGCAGCGGCCCCGGCCAUCGGCGGAUCACCACUGUCUGUAAAUAGUACAAACAUCGCUAGUAUUAACCACCAUCCGCACCACCACCGCCAGGGUUCGCCUCAAACGGCACCCCCACCCGGCGCUCUGGUGGCCGCACCCAAACCCCGAACCGCUGCCGGUUCUCCACCGCAGCAGCAGCAGCAACCCACUCCGAUCAACCCGCUAGAUAGCAGCAAAACAACUCCGGUGGCACCGCCCGAGGCCAAACCGACCACGACGCCACCGACCGAGGACCGAACCACACCCAAACCAGCGGCCGAUCUCCCCACGGAGAGCAACGGCGCACCACCGCAGCCCCCAACAGCGGAAGAACUCAAACGGGCAACGCCCCCGAACGGAACGGCAGCGGCCGCCACCGAAAACAACAAAGACGACAAACGAAACGAUUCCGCGGCCAAGGAGCAAGAAUCGUUGACGACGACACCGCCAACGGCGGCGACGUCCGACCUGGACAAAAAGUCGUCCCCACCACUCAACGGAGGAGGAGGCAGUCCGGUUCCGGCUGGAACGCCUCCGGCCGUUUCGCAGCCACCUUCUGCAGGUAAUAAUAACACAAUCAGUACUAGUACUAGCAACAAGACCGGCGGCGGCGCCGAUGGUCAGAAAGAUGGGGGUGAGGAGAAGAGCAGUAACGGUAACGGUUCGAACGGAAGUACCGAACCGGACAGCGGGAACAAGUCGAAACAGAGUCCCGCUGCGACCACAGCCGGUAGCAACGGCAUCGGCAAAGAUGGUCGAUGAUGAAAUUGAGUAUUUAUUUUCUCAAAUUUUGAAAAAAAAAAAAAGAACUUCCAAAGCGUUUUUGACAAGGCACACAAUCGAGAGCUAAUUUUUUGUGUUUUUUUUUCUUUGAAGAAAAAAGGUAGUUUUGUGGGCUACCUUUAGUUAGAGAGUGACUGUAUGAUUGAGCGCGUGUGUACCAUUCUUAAUUAUCGUGUAAAUAUAAACAGUGUAACAGUGAGCAAAAUAAAAUCUAGAAAAAAACACAGCAAUCAUUUACCCUCAAUGUUUUCCGUUCCGAGCAAUUCUCCCGUGAAUGAGCAAGUUUUCUGUAAUAAAAUUUUUGAACAUUCAUUUGGCUAAAAAAAAUAAACUUUAUUUUUCAGGCUUAGCAGCUGUCCAAACAAAAUGCUUUCAAUAUAUUUUCAGUUGAAACCGGUGUUUUGAAAACGGAUUUGAUCUAAUCGACUUGGUGUCUUCGGCAUUUUUUAAUCGUUGAGAAAAAUUUCAAAAAAAGGAUGAGAUACAAAAUAAUCAAUACCAGUUAAGAAUCAUAAAAUUAUCGAAAUUGUUUAAACAAUAAAAACAAAAUCUUUUAAUACUUAAAAAUACAAAUGAUAUAAAAAAUCUUAAAAUCUCUUAGGAAUAAUUUCCUUAAAAAAUUGAAAUCUAAUAAAAAAAACAAAAGUUCUUUAAAAAUUAAAAUUAUCAACUUUGUAGGGAUUUCUUCAAAAAACAAUAAUUUUCGCAUUAUAAAAUUGUACGAAUUUAAAUAAUAUUUUUUUAAUUCUUAAAUUGAAGUUAUGCAUUUUUUAACUCUUUAAUUAAAUUCAUAAAUAUUUAAAAUUAUUUAAUUUAUAAAAUUAUAAACUAUCAUCUUUUUUCUAGAACUUUCUGAAAUUGUUUGAUUUUUUGAUAAAUGCACAAAAAUGGCCCUUUUAAAAUUCUCUAGUUUUUUUAUAAAGGAAUUAAUAUUACCAUUUCAAAAAACAUUUUUUAAUUAUUUAUUUUUUAAAGAAAUUGUAACUUUUUAAUCUUGCCAGUACGCUUAAUAAAAUUUUUACUUUGUUUUUUUUUAUUUUUUUUUAGAUUGGGAUUUCUUAAUUUGCCAAAAUUUAUUAAAUCCUCUUAUUAUUGAAGUGCUCAAAACAUAAAAGAAUAAAAGCAUCAUUUCAAGAAAAUCUCUUAAUAUAAUUUAAAUAUUUCUUGCAAUUUAAAAUUUCUUAAAAUUCUUCAUAUUUAAAAUUUAAUAUAAAAAAUUGUCAAAAUCCAUAAAAUGAUUAAAUUGUAAAAAAAAAAAUCUUAAAUUUCUUUUUUAUCUGAUCUAAACUAAUCUAAUCUAACCCUAAAUUUCUUUUUUUUAUUCCAAAAAAAAUUUUUUUAAUAGUUUUUGAGAUAUUUUAAAUUUGUUUUUUUUUUAUGCGGAAAUAAAGAUUUUAUUUGAAUUUUAUUUUUCAAGGUUCAGAAAACUAUUUUUUUAAUUCGGUGUUAUAUUUUUAAACAUACUUUUAUUCGAAUGAUCAGAAAAUUACAUCAAUAUUUAUUUUUUUAAUUUUAUAUCUCAGUUGAAUUAUUCUUGAGCGUUUUUAAUUGUUGAAUUUUGAAAUGCUGUUUGAAUCAAUACUUUUUUUUUAAAUCCUCUAUUAAAUAAAUAAAAUACUUAAAAUUACCUUAAUUUUAAAUUUAAAAAAAUGUAUUUUUUAAUUCUUAGAAUUUUCGAAGUGUUUUCAAACAAUUUUUUUCAUCAUUUUAAAAUUCUUAAAAUUAAUCAAAAUAAAUUCAUUAAUUGUUCUUGAUAUAUAUUUUUUAAUUUUAAGAUUUUUAAAACUGCCUAAAUUUAAAAACUAAAAAAAACAUAAUUUGAAAAAACUUCAAUAUUUCUUGCAUUUUUUUACUUUCCUCAGAUUUUUUUUUAGAAAUUUCAAAAUAAUAAAAUGUAAAUUUGCGAAGUCCAUAAAUGAUUCAAUUGUUAAAAAUAGUUAAAUUUUCUUUUAUUCAAUUCCGAAAAUAUACAAUUUAAGUUUGUAAAAUUAUUAUUAUUUUCAAAUGCCAACAUUCUUGAAAAAAAUAUAAUUGCUUCUUUCUUAGGAUUCGUAAAUUUAUUUGUUUAUUUUAUUUCUUUUUAAAAUGCCUUAAAAAAAUAAACUAACUUUAUUCUUGAUCGCUUUUAAAAAAUUUAAGAUUUUUAAAAUUGCCUGAAUUGAUAAAAUCCUAAAAUUUUUCAAUUUUUCAAAAUUUUAAAGUUAAGCAUAAUUUAACAAAAAUCUGUUAAUUUCAUAAUUUUAAUAUUUUUAACAUUUUAAAAUGAUUAAAUCCUUUAAAAUUCUUUUAAAGAUUUCUGUUUUGAAAUAAAUUGGCGUCCGUUUUUUUUUUUUCAUUUUUCCCAUCAACAUACAAAUUUACCGAAGACUCAAAUUAAAUCAGCUGAACCAUUCUCAAAACGUCGUUUUCGGCGUUAUUAAUAGCAUUUUUUUAUGGAAAUGUAAAAAAAAAUGCUCUUUUUGGGAGGGUUACUUGCUCAUCUGUAUAUCGUGUUUACGUUCAACAAUCAUCUUACGGUUACUAGCCGGAGCAGCUUGGGUUAAGAUUAUCUAGUUUUAUUAACCGCCUUUGAAUUACGUUUAUUAUCGGUAGAGUACAUUGUAAUAUCUUAUCGUAAAGUUUAUGAUUAAUAUUAUUAUUAUUAUUGCUUAUAGUGUUAUCGAGCAAAAAAUCAUUUACAUUUAUAAAGAGAAGAAAAAACGACAAAGAAAACAGACAAAAAAUAAGUUUAAAUGCUACCAAUCAAAAGAAAAGUAAGUAAAAAAAAGGAAACAAAAAUCAACUGAACAAUAUGCUUAAACUUAGUAAUACAAAGCUACUAUAAAACAAAUAAAAUAAAUUAGCACGCAAGUUAGUGAAUAAAUGGCGCGAUAUAAUUUAUUGGAGAAGAAGAACAAAAUAAAAAAAACACACACAACUAAAAAUUUACCAGUUUUUGCCUGAAUUGGCAAGAAGAAAGCAAUCAAUUCUCUUAAGGCGUUUACGCUUCUUACCUUUUUCUUCUUCUUCUGUUUUUGUUCAAACGGUGGUGAAUGAAUGAGACUUUGAUGCAAACAAUAUGAUAGUUUAGUCGCUAAGUGAGACAACGUCUGCGCACAAACACACCUUUUUACAAUCUGCUUAAAAUCGUGAGAACCCUGGAAUGUACUGUGAGAUUGUGUCGAAAUAAAGCUUAUACAUAUAAAGUGCAUCAGAGAAACUAUUUGAUAGUUGGUAGUAUUUAGGAUGUAUGCAACAAAAAAACACACACACACAAGCAACAUUAUCUGGUAAUUAUUAUUAUUAUUAAUAUUAUCACUAGUUUUGGUAAAUGUGACGACGAGUUAUAAAUAUAGAGCGCAAGAACCUGUGUAUAAAAAGGAAGAAAGAAUGAAAUGCACCUUUAUAUGAAAACGAGA